AUGUCUCUUGCAAGAUCACCAAAAGACAUUGAAAAAGACAUUGCCAACAUAGAGCAUGCCCUACUGACUGUGUCAGAAGUUCGCUCUUCACUCAAACACUUUACAGAUAUAGUUCGAGCAGAACAGAAAGGACCCAACUUUGUACAAUCAUUCUCUGACAGACUCAAGUGCGUGAAACGUGAUUUGAAUACAUUAUCUGCCGAGGGCGAGAAUCUCAAAGGUGCUCUGGAACACGCACAAAUUGCAGCCAACGAAAACAAGUUCAAUUGGGAGCUGAUAAAAAGCGAGGCAGAAAAAGAAGCGGCAGAAGAAGAAAUUAGAUAUAGAGAGGAGGAAGCUAAUUCAGGGAAAGCAAAAGAGCUGGGGUCCAUAGUAAAAGCAAGUGCACAUCAUGCGUACAAAGAGCUGUCUUCAGUAGUGCUUGAAAGAAAAUCCACUUUGACACCAUCAGAACCUCUCUUCUUCACAAAAAACAUACAUGAAUGGCUAACAGAGAAAAAAACCGAUAAUGCUGAUCUGUUCGUUAAUUUCAUCAAGGAGGAGCAACAGACACUGAGUGGAUCAACAUGCCGAAUUCAGAUAUACGCACGCAAGGCUUUAGUGGCAGAUUUGGAACUGGAAUACGAACGAGGAUCGGAUACGCUCGUGAUUCAUCAAUACGACAUUAAGAGUGUGAAGGAAGAGAAACAAUCAUGGCAGGAUUCUCAGUACCUGGUGUUUCAAAAGAUGAAUCUGUUGGCCACUACAGCAUUUGAGGACAUGCUGGUCUUUUUUGCUAGAGAAGCAUUGUAUAAUAUAUUAAACUGGUUUGCAAGCUAUCAUGAUCUGUUUGUUUCACCAUGCCAACGUUGUCAUAAGCUGCUCCAAUUCGAUUCGCCACAAUACAGAUACUUGCCGCCCAUGGUGAGAACAUGGGCAAAGAAGCAACCUAUACAUCAAAACGAAGAUGUGCCAAUGGCACAAAGCACAGGUGUUCCAUAUCACAUGCGAUGCUACACGGAAUACAGGAACAAUCAUGCCAUGUAG